GGUAAUAACUUGUUGUACGUUGUUGCGAUGAGGUCAGUCCGAAUGCAGUUUAUAUCAUUUGAAUGAGGAGAUAAUACAUGCGGUUUUGAUUCUUUAGGAUUUCUCGGAUUCACCUCAUUCUUGCAGCUUCUUUCUCUGUGCAAGUGAAAUUAGGAGCAGUUGAAUAGCAGACAGAUGUAGUUCUUUAAAAAAGAGAAUGUUUUGGAUAUUUUACUCUGUCUAUACUGCUGUCUACUAUGGCAGUAUAGACUUUAUGGUGUUCUUGCUGGUGGAUCUUGUGGCUAAGACACCACUCAAAGAAGCAAGAGAUGAUGGGGAGAAGAGGCUGGUGUGGUUGUAUGAGGCCCUUGCCUUGAUGUUCUUCAGUGUUGUUGUAUACAUCAUAGAUCAUGUGCCAUACCUCCUCUUUACUCUGGCGGUGCUUACACUCCUCUACACACAAGUGCACGGACGUGUGGAUUUCCGCGAUCUCUGGAUACAGCUCACCACAAGGUGGGAUGAAUUCCAGCAGCACGAGGAGAGCAUGGAGCAGAUGCGAAGGGAGCAAGUACGACAGACAGAAGGGCAGUUCAUGAUGACCAGCUCCCCAAUAGCCACUCCUCCCCUGCACAUGGUUUCUCAGGCAGACCCCUUUCCAAAUGUCAGUCCUAUAGCCAGUGCAGCAGCCUGGAAUAAUGUGGAUACCCCUGGGAAUAGAUUCAUGCACCCCCUCCCUCCACAGUUGAGAUUCAAUAGCCCCAGUGGUCCAUCAGUGACAGGGAUGUCACCACAGGGAACAGUGCUGCCAUCUCCACAGCAGCAAGACCCAGGGUUCCCUGUGGUAUCAGAACCUUUCUCCUCAGGGCAGCAGUUCUACUCUAGGCUUCCCACAAACUAUGCAUUUGCUAACAUGAAUCACAACAGCAGGUUCCAGAAUCAAAACCCAAGCAUGUCAGCGCGACUGCCCACAGUCAUGCCAAAGAGACUGGUCAAUAAAAUUCACACAGGGUAUGGGGACAUGGACCCAAAAGUUGGUAAAACUCAAUCAGGUGCUCUCUCACGGGUCAUGAAUGUGUUGGGACUGGGAAAAUAUAGGACAACUCCUCCAGGACUGAGGAAUGACAGCAAAAGUAUAUGUUUUAUGAAUGCUGUGUUGCAGUGUCUUGCCAGAAGCCCGAAGCUCCCCGAAUCUCUGGGCAAUAUCAGUCAGGAUGAUAUAGAGAGGAGGAAGAGGAAGGCCAGUCUGGCUGAGACCACCCUGUUAGAGUCUAUUAAAGAACUGCUGCAUGAGCUCAAUGUUCAGCCAGAUGGUAACAGCAGAGAAUGUCCAGACAUAACAAGACUACGGGAGGCAGCGUCGUCUUUGACAGACUUGGUUGCAAGUCCCAGCAACCAGGACGCCCAGCAGCAGCAGGACACGGCAGAGUUUCUAACAUGGCUGCUGUCAACACUUCACCAGGUGCUGAACAAGACUGGAGACCAAGGUGGUUCCCAGGCAGACCAGUUUAUGAGCCCAGCUUUAGCUAUGCUGAAGUUCAUUUAUGGAGAUCUGAAUGAAAGAAGAAUAGAGGAGUUGAAAGGUGCAUGCAGGAGAGAGAUAUCCAUAGCUCAUGGUCUGGACAACAACACCUACGCAGAACCCAUCCAGAGGCUGUCUGACCUUGAGUGGCUGACCUACAAACAGGCUAAUACCUCUCCAGUGGACGACCUGUUCUCUGGUCAGCUUGUGGAGGCCCAACACUGUGUGGAAUGUAACCACAUCUCAGUGAAUAUUCAGCCCUUUAACAUCCUCCCAGUGCCCCUGGUGGCUCCCAGGGAACUCACAGGGUUGGUCUAUCUGGAGGACUGUUUUACCAAGUUUGGUAAUGUAGAGAAACUUUACGGUGUGAACGGACUGAGGUGUCCUUGUACUCAUACUGUACAAGAAGCUGAGAAGACUAAGCCAUUGAAUUUGGUCUCCCAUACCCAGCAGAGGAAUGUUGAUCAUGAUUUGCGUAGGAGGGUGAUAUCUGAUUCUGUGCUCAGGUCUCCAUUGAACGCUUCUAGUCUUGUGACACCCAUACGCGGAAGAGAGGGUAGUAUAAACCCCUUGUCAGACAGUGGAUUUCAUGAUAAUAACCACUUAAAGACGUCCACUCCCAUUGGAGACAAUGUAUUCAAUUUUGACCUUAACCGAGAUCGAGUGAGACUAACUGAUGGUCAAAGACGAUCAUUACUACGUCAGUUGCCAGAGUGCUUGGUGAUCCAGAUAUUAAGGUUCAGAUUUGACUCUGAGGUCCAGGAUGCUUGUAAGGACUCCUCACCUUUAAGUGUUCCUCUCUCAGGAUUGGACUUAACACAUAUUAUAUUUGACACAGUGGCUAACAGGGAAGACUUGACCAGUGGAGAUUUAGGCUAUCGCUAUGACCUUUAUGGAAUGUGCCUCCAUGUUGGGGGUCAAAACACAAACUAUGGCCACUAUGUGGCCUAUGCUCAGGCCUCUGAUGGUCUCUGGUAUAAGUUUGAUGACGAGAGUGUCAGUCAGAUCAGCAUUGACUAUGAACUGACCACAAAGUUUGUGCGAGAGAAUGCUUAUAUCUUGUUUUACAGAAGAAAUGUGACUGGGCAGUGAAAUUGAGUGUGUUACCUUCUGUAGGACUUAUAUUUUCUUUCAAUAAGCUUUUUUUUUCCAAACAAGAAAUUGUUAAAGAAAUAUUUUCUUCACUGUUACUUAUCUUUGUCAUUGUUUAAUUUUCAUUACAAAAUUUAACUUUAACAUUGAAUUUGUUAUAUUAUGACGUCUGAAUGAAAUGAUUUUACUUUUCAUUAAGAUUGAAAAUUUUUUGUCUACAGAAUUAAUGCAAGAUAAAUGAUGCCAAAAUUAUGUGAAUGAAACUGCCCAUUUACAUUUAUUGCUAUGUAUAUAGUCUGGCCCAAGGUUAUUGUCACAAUGUAUUAUGAAUUCGCUUUUUUGAUGUAUAUAAAACUGGUUUAAAGUCAUCUUCAAAGGCAGCAUGACAUUACUCAGUCAUCUUUAUAUUGAUUCUUCACAUUCUACCCAUUUGUACAUUUCCUAGUCCAUUGUUAUCAUUCAGUCCACGUGAUGUCAUUGUAUUAUAUAGUAAUACACAUAGUCAAAGAGAUUAAUUGAGUACGGAUCUUUUUAAAGAAUGUUGAUAUAUGGGGCACAUUUUAUAAUUUACAUUUGAAAACCACAGUUCAGUAUUGAAGAAAGCAUCAAUAUUGCCUUUAUCCUAAAGUUACUUGCUUGGUUAUUUAAGGUGAAAAACUUCCAGAUUGAUCUGGAUAUUUGGUUGUUGUAUUUAUACCAGUCCCCAACCUAAAUUAGAGCUAUUUGUCUAUGGAGCUUAGAUUUUUUUAAAGGUCCUCUUUCUUCUCUGAAUGGCCUAAGUGUGUUGCAAGUUGGCUCUUGGUUGCUGUUAUUGUCACAUCCCAUGAACAUUAACCUAGCACAACGCAUUAAAAACCUGCAGCUUUCUUCUUGACUUUGAUAUAUCAAAUUAAUUUCAGAGGAGUGAGAGCCAAUAAUUGGUGUGAAAUGCACCUGUGCAACAAAUUUUAAUUGUGUCAUACAUUUUUCACUUCAUAUUCAGUGUCAACUGUGCUCUAUUAUAUUCAUGUGGAAUGUAUCCGGGUGUAUUUACCUAAAUCUAUUUUUGAAUACACAGUUUUUUAUACAACUAAAUUAUAAAGUUUUAACACUUUUGGCAUGUUUCCGUUAAUUUGAUGAAUGGAAACUGUCGCCAAGCAUUUGUUUUAAGCAGUCAAAUGUGAUGAAAGUGUGUAGUCAGAUAAAUUGAAAGAUGAGUUAAGAAAUAUAAACUGUAUUUGGGAUUUACGGAAAAAAUGUUAAGGUGCAUAUUUUUUUGUUAUCCCAAGUUGCUAAAAUUUUGUUUUGGAUAUGAAGAGUGGUUUUGGGGGUCAGGACUUUGAAAGUGGGCUUUGUUGACUGCAUUGUAAAAGUAAGAAUUAUUUAUUUGAGUCAUCAUAUUUACGAGAAUGUUUGCUUGUCAUUUCCUGUAACAUGGAAAUUUUGUCUCUUAAAGCCAUAUCCAAAUCCAAUAAUGUCCAUUAGACGAUACCUCUACCAGUACCAUUACAUAUAUAAUUAUAGACUAAAGCAGACUCAUAAAAUGCAGAAGUUUUUUGUUAUUUGUUUUUUUUUUUUUUUUUUUUUCAGAUCUCAGAUUAGUGCCACU